GCAACGGCGGGACCGACUUGCGCGGCCGGCGCCAGGGUCAUGAGGAUUAGUGCGGCAGAAAGGCCAGACAAGUUGCGCACAGAUCUCCUCGUCCUCCGUGUACGAGAUAGUCGGAAACAUGGCGGACGGCAAGGAUCCCCUGAGGCAGCUAAAGGAUCUUGCGCAGCUCAAGGACCAGCUCGAAGACAUCCAGAAACGCGUAGAGACUGAGGUGCAGGCGGGGAUCCCUCAGGGUGGCUCCUUGCUGGCCUCUCCCUUCCUGAAGGGCUUCUUGGCCGGGUACGUCGUGGCCAAAUUCCGGUCCUCGGCCGUCCUGGGCGUGGCCGUGGGCACCUGCACUGGCAUAUAUGCCGCCCAGAACUACGACGUGCCCAACAUCGAGAAGACCCUGAAGGACUACUUCAGCUCCAUCACAAAAGGGCCCAAAUAAUUCAGAACCUGGAACUGGACGACUGGAAUAUGUCAUCUCUCUUUAUUGUUUUGUUUUUUUCAUUUUUUUUUUUCAUUUUUAAGACUGGAAAUUAAUUAGCACUAUUCAAAUGAAGGAGCCCUUGCUGAGUUUUGGGUCAAAGUAUAAAACAGAGAGGUUUUUUUUUAAGAAAAGCAAAGAAGCGGAGUAACACUGAUAUGGGUCUAUGUUGCAGUAUAGCAUCCACCAUUGUUGACGUUUUCAGCAGCGGACAUUUUGGGUUCUCGGUUUGUUUCCAAAGUGCUCACGUGUAACUGGAGAGGAGUUUAGUCUUUAGUCUUUUCUGAGAGUGGUCAGGAAUCAGGGUUUGUUUAACUUGCCUUAAGGAACCAGGGCAGCUGGUCAUUUUGUCCUGUGAGGUGACAUGUCCAUCCCCCAUUUCAGUGCUCGUUCUUGUAUCUCUCACUGCUGUUUAAGUGUAAACAUUUACCCAAAGCAAACAGAGCUAGAUAAAUACAUAAUUUUUUUUGCAAGACAAUGACUGCUGCCUGAAAAUUGAGCUUGUUAUGUCCCUGGAUGUGGCAUAUUUUAUUCAGGAUAUGAUAAGCCAUUUAAAAAAAAAAUCACAUUUAUUAAAUGUGCUAUUUAUAUACUCAUUAUUGCAUUUUAAAUGUAUGCCAUAUUAUUAUGUGUAUUUUUGCUCAAUAUGUGUAGCAAUGCUACGAAAUGCAAGUAAAGACAGGCUAUAUUGUAGGUACUGCUGCAUCAACAAAUAUAGUAUAUAAUUAUAUAUAAUUACUUUCUUGGCCUCUGCAAAGUACUUCCACAAGAGAGUGGAUUGAGGGAAAUGCUAUAAUUUGUAGGAUACUUGGGUAAAUGUCGUGAGAAUUAUAAUGUAGAUGACUCAGGUGAUGCAGUGUUGCACUAGUUAAGAAACCCCCCCCCCC